AUGAUUAACGAUAGACAACAUCGACCAGUAGUUAAGAAACUUCAACGUCGUCAUCGAUCUUUGAAAAAUAAACAACAUGAGUUAAGUACAAUUGGAUCUCAAUCUAGCACUAUAAUUCAUACAUCCAUUCGACAAAUAAAUAAAGAUCCUCUUACAGAUAAAAGCUCGUUAAAAUAUCAUAACAGUAUACAUCCAGUAUCAGCUUUUACUUCUCAUCAAAUUGAAAAAUUGUCUCGAACUGAAUACUCUAUUGAACAAUCAAUAAAACCAAGACGUUCUAUGAGUCUAACUAGUCUUCGACAAGAUUAUGAAUCUGUUUCACAAUUAAGUCAGAACAAAUGGAGAUAUGAUCAUUCAAAUCGAGUUACACCACAAUUUGAUGCUCAUUCAACGAAAACAGUUAAUAGUUUAAAAUUGAUAGACACUAAAUCAUUAUAUUCAUCAUCUAAUCGUUUUGAUGUCACAAAAGACCAUCACCGUCAUCCAAAUGAAAAGAAAAAGAAAAAAUGUUCACCUUUAUGUAUACUUUUGUCACUGAUAAUUGGUUUGUUAUUGUUAAUAACUGUUAUUAUAGUUCCUACGAUAAUUCUAACAAAGUCAAAAACAACAAAAAUUAAACCUACUAACGCUGUAUUACGUUGGAAUCCAGUUGGCACCACGGUUGCAGGAAUUACGGGACUACCUGGUGCUGCUGCUGAUCGUUUAACUAAUCCAUUUACUUUAGCAAUCGAUUAUGAUAAUACACUUUAUAUUACCGAUAACGGAUGUAAUAGGGUUCAAUCCUGGCUUAGAGGAGCAUCGAACGGAUCAACGGUUGCCGGAAAUACAAAUUGUACACCGGGUGUAGGUUUAAAUCAGUUGACCCAACCUGCUGGUAUUAUCGUUGAUUCAAAUAGUAAUCUCUACAUAGUAGAUGCCGCUAAUUCAAGAGUUCUUUUUUGGCCUAAAAAUGCUAUUUCAGGAACAUUAAUCGCUGGCACUGGUACUGCUGGUACUACAAACAAUGCAUUGCAAAUACCAUGUGGAAUUUCACGAGACCCGAUUUCAGAUACACUUUAUAUAUCAGAUUAUGACAAUCACAGGAUAAUGAGCUACCUGUCAAAUGCAACUUUUGGAACUGUAGUUGCUGGUGGGAAUGGUGGUGGUAAAAAUAAUACACAAUUAUAUUAUCCUGCAACUGUUUAUUUCGACGCAUUAUCGAAUAGUCUAAUCAUUGAUAAUUAUUUAGCGAACAAUAUUGUUCGAUGGACAAUAGGUGAUAGUAAGUGGACGUUACUUGCUGGUAGUUUAAAUUCAUUAGCUGGUACUACGUCUACACUUCUUCAUUAUCCUAUUGGAACGACACUUGAUCCAAUGGGAAACAUGUAUGUUGCAGAUACAUUUAAUCAUAGAAUUCAAUUCUAUCCAUCAAAUCAAUCGAUUGCUUCAACGAUUGCCGGUGUCACCAACUCACAAGGUUCCAAUGCUACUCAUCUGUAUAAUCCAUAUGGUUUAGCAUUGGAUAGUCAACUUAAUUUAUAUGUAGCUGAUACCAAUAACAAUCGCAUUCAAAAAUUCGUACGCUAUUAA